GCAACUUUCAAUACCAAGAUAACAAAGCCAGAUAUCGCCCAUACGGACUCUACAGAAGAAUGAGCUCAUCGCUGCAUAGCCAGGCUGAGGAAGAUUUCAAGAGCUCGCCUUUGACGGGUAUCAGCAAGCAGAAGGGUAGAAAAAGGAGACUCCUUCCUUCCAAAGGCCAAUCAUCAUCAAACAGAGGGAGAGCUCGUACUGGGAUAGGCAGUGAAAAUCAUACCAACAAGAGACGUAAGGGACCAUACGUACUUUUCUUCCAGGAGAAAAGGUGACUGCAUUCUCUUGCUUAAUAGUUUAAUAUUUGAUUGUACCCUUUUAAGCUCAACCUUUCUUAGACACAUGGUGCAGCAAGAUAAUCCUAAUCUCUCUUCAAGAGAAAUAGUUCAAGCUAUCGGAAAACUAUGGAACGCACUCACACCCGAGGAGCGGAAGAUCUACCAAGAUCGUACUGCGGCUGCACAGAGCGUUGCUGCAUUACCGUCAACGCCAGAUUCACCUAUACCGGCCAUGGAUCCAUUUAUCUUGCCAGAAGGAGUCCUUACGCCGGGUCCUGCUGAAGCUGAGAACACCGAUAUUCUCGUACAGGCAGGCCAAAUCAGCAAUCCUCUGACGAGUCCAGCAUCUAUCGAGUCAUAUGACGAAGCUGGCAAAAUUAAGUCUUUCGGAAAAAGUCCAAGUAUGCGGUCAGCAUCUGCCUUUUUUGAUAUUGAAGUGCAGUGCAAUCAUGCGGAACAAGAUGUGCCAGAAUGAAAAGGGUUGCUGCAACAUUACUUGAUUACCGUUUGGCUUGGUUAUUACAAGUACAAUGUAGUUUACCAAAGCUAUGAAUCCUAUUAUUCCCUUUUCGUAAUUUGAGCUUGUAGACGAUUUAGAUGACUGUUUCAUUGGUGUAUACUACCCUAUUUGUUAUCAAUAAGGUUAUUUUGCAAAUUG